CACUUCCGGCUUCUCUUCCCUCGGGCUGCCGCUGAGUCCUAGUUUCCGCCUGCUUCCUUGAACGCGUUAUAAACAAUAAACAUGGCUGCCGCAGGACUGAACUGGCUGCUGGUCCUGAGCUCGGUGUUUGUGUGUAACAUCGUUAGGACGUUAUUACCGUCCAUUUCCUCAGUACUGUCAAAGAUCCUGCAGAAAGAUGCGGAGCAGGAAAUGGAGAUGCGAACAGAAAUCCAGAACAUGAAGCUGGAGCUUUCGUCUAUAAGCAUGAUGGAUGAAUUCGCCAGGUACGCAAGGCUGGAGCGCAAGAUCAACAAGAUGACGGACAAGCUGAAAACUCACGUGAAAUCGAGGACGGCCCAGCAGGCUAAAAUGAAAUGGAUUGUCAACAUUGUGUUCUACAUUCUUCAAGCCGUGCUCAUGAUCUCACUAAUCUGGAAGUAUUAUGCAGACCCGGUGACUGUGGUUCCCAGUAAGUGGAUUUCACCACUGGAAAGACUUGUAGCUUUUCCAUCUGGAGUCGCAGGUGGUGUCGGAAUUACAUGCUGGUUGGUGGUCUGCAACAAAGUGGUAGCCAUUGGGAUUCAUGCUUUUAGUUAAUUCUGUCUACAACUGUGGAAAUUCUUUACAAGAUCUCCAAACCAUUUAUUUUGUUAGUUUUUUGAAGCCCUUGAUCAGUAAAGACAAACCGUGCAGUCGGUUUACAGACAGUUUGGCUGCCCAGUUUCCCCUUGGUGAAUUUCAGGUCACUUGAUCAGUUUAGUCACUUUUUUUCCGUUGUAUAGCAAAUGGAAAAAAAACUUGCUUUUUGUUGUAAAUUUGUCAUUUUGAUCAUGAAUUUGUGCCUCAUUCCACAUCAAUCAUAUAACAUUAUGGAUUAAUUUCUGUAAAUACAGCUGUGUUGCUUUAAUGCACGUGUGUAUACAGAUGGUCAUCAGUGCAUUUAAGAAAUGUUUCCUAAUAGUUUACAGCAAAACGUAAAGCAAAUAGAACUGGAUAAUAAUAAUAAUAAUAAUAAUAAUAAUAAUAAUAAUAAUAAUAAUACACUAGUGACGUAACUCUGGUUCAGUUUAUACUGGAUAACAGCCAGGGACGAUGAAUGUCAUGUGGAAACCUUCUCGUGUAAAUACUUCAUCAUGUGGUCAGUUUAGUGGUGCACAAUAAGGUGUCCCAGGGAUCUUCACCAUUCCUGGUGUUUAAGACCCAAAACAGUGUGAAACUGAAGCUGCUUUAUAUUUAUUGAUCUUUGGUUUUAUUUUGUGUUGUAAUCAAUUGAAUUAAAAGUGCACAAAUCAA